AGUGUUUUGUUGGCCCAAGCAUUUAAUGCAGGGACGCCUCUAGGGAUUCCCAGAAGACAUGAAGCAGUGCUUCUACGAGGUACUCGGAGUCGAACGAUCGUGCACCCUGGACCAGUUACGGUCGGCGUACAGAAAGCUGGCCCUCAAGCACCAUCCAGACAAGGCGCAACCCGAGGAGCGGAAAGAGGCGACUGAGCGCUUUCAGAUUAUCCUCGAGGCGUACGAGACUCUGAAGGACCCUCACGAGAGAGCCUGGUACGACGCUCACAGGGACCAGAUCCUCCGCGGAGAGGAGGACGUCGAUGGGGAGCCGAAGGCUUCGAAGGUUGCUGUCUGGUCGCUGUUCCGCCGCGGGGCCUUCAAGGAGUUCGACGACUCCCACGAUGGCUUCUACGCGGUGUACCGAGAGGCUUUCGAGACGUUGGCCUCGGAGGAGGCGGAGGCCUCGGACGGAGAGCCCAUGAUCUACUUUUCGUUUGGGACAAGAGAUACGCCGUGGCAGGACGUGUCGAAGUUCUACAGGCAGUGGUGCGACUUCGUCUCCGUCAAGAGCUUUGCAGAGAUGGACAAGUACCGCCCGCAAGAUGCGCCCAAUAGGCAGAUCCGCCGGGUCAUGGAGCAGGAAAACAAGAAGCUGAGAGCCUCGGCGCGGAAGGACUUCAUGACCGCUGUUCGCCGCCUGGCCGAGCGCUGCAGGAAGUGGGACCCGCGAGUCGAGCAGCACCAGAAAGAGGAAGCCGCGAAGGCGAAGGAGGCGGCCGUGGAGAGGGCGGAACGCCAAGAGCGGGACAAGGCUGACAAGGCCGCGGCCAGAGAGAAAGCACGCGCCGAGGAGGCCGCGAGGUGGGCGGCGAGGCCACCGUCGGACGAGGGCGAGGAGGAGGACGAAGAAGAGUCCGAGGACGAGGAGAUCUUGCAGUGCGUGGCGUGCCGUAAGACUUUCAAGACCCAGGCAGCCUAUGCAAGCCACGAGCGCUCGAAGAAGCAUCUGCAGAUGGUCGCGAAGUUGAAGCGAGAGAUGGAAGAGGAGGACGAUGAGGACACAGAUGAGGAGGGCCCAGCGGAGCCGGCACCCGCGCAAGCCACAUGUGCACCUGUGAAGGCCAAAGCACAAGCCAAAGCCGAGGACCUGUUCGACUUAGAAGCAGGCGAAGGAGGGGUCGACCUGAAGUCGUUGAUCGACGCCCUGCCGGCGACGUCGCGCCCCGGGCCCGCGGCGGCCUUAUCCGCGGAUGAGGACGCGGACAGCGCGGCCUCCGACUCGGACUCAGACGCGGGCCUGGCCAGGCUGGCCCGCGGGCGCACCGCCGCGCGGGCGUCCGCAGGCGCCACCCCGCCGACGGAGGAGGCCGCGGAGGCUCCGGCGGAGCUGGCGGCCGAGGAGGCAGCCGCGGACGGGGAGGAGGCGGGCGGGGUCAGCGCUGAGGCGGAGGAGGCUGACAGGAGAGCCCGCAAGCCGAGGCGGCGAGCCAAGGAUGCCACCCCCCCAUCGGUGCAGCCGGCAGUCGUCAACGGCGGCUAUCCUGUGGCAAACGCGAAGUGCGUGGACGAGACCACUACGUGCCGCACUUGUGGAGCAGCCUUCGACAGCCGGUCCAAGUUGUUCGCACACAUAGAGAAGAGCGGCCAUGGUAUAAUCAAAAUGACCGAACCGACUGGCAAAAAGGGUAAGACCAAGAAGCGAUGAGGCGGGGCGAUUGCUAGAUCGCCCGCGACUGUCGCAUGAUCUUUGGCACAGUGCAGCCGGGCUCCCGUUCCAAGUUUCACGCCGCUACUGCUUACACUUAAACGCUUUGCUUUCUGGGACCCCAGGAUGCGGUUGUUUUUUGCUCUUUCUCUCGCUCUCCUCAAGCUCCGUGGGGCCAAGCUGGCCAACCCUAGGGACAUAGUCCCUCCCAGCCCUGUUUAGAGGGCUCCGCCGGAGCUGACAUGUACGUCAGGCGGCAGAGCCCGCUGACGCGUGGCGUAAGAUGAUUCAGCUGGUGCGCGCACGCAGCGCCAUGACAUCGACAUCUUCAUCAUCUGAGUAUGCCUGCUGUUGCCUCCUCACCUUGGGCCUCACACCACAGUUGGGCUUGAGCUUCAGUUUCGGUAGUGCGUACUGCUGACCCAGACAGACGUUUGAUCGGGAGCG